UUUGGACGGGGCCUGCUGAUUAUAAUUGAAGCACCAGCAAUAACAGGGGACUGAAGGUAAAAGCAAAUAUUGUUAUAACGUAAAAGGGAGAACAAUAAUGCCGGAAAAAAAUACAUAUGAACUGUAAUUCCAAAUCAUAACGAUUUGUAAUUCUUUAAAAGUUGAAUAGUAAAAACUAACGUACAAUUCGCGAGUUUACACGACCACCGUUUUACUAACAUUAUCUUGCUAGCUAACGUUAUGCUAAGUUAGCUAACUAACCUGCAAUAACACGCCGCCGUUGUGGGAAGAAAAACAAGCUCAGCUGGCAUUCGUUGGUUAUUUUUUUGGAGGAUGUGAGACAGAGUUCAAUACACCACCUUGGAGAAUCUGCAGAGGAUUUGCUACUUCGUGAGAGCGUUAUCCAGUUUGCUAUUAUUUCGGGGAGAGGGUCUCUUUGGCUAAAGUAUCUACAGAAGUCAAGGUAUUGAGUGACGUUUUUGUCAGAGACACAUCGGACGCCCGUCGCCAAAAGUCACAGCCUCCCCCCACCCCCUGCCCCCCUAUUCCCACUGUGACCCCACCCUGACACCCAGCAACCCUCCGUCCUCAGCAUGAACGACAUCAGUGUGGUCAGAGAGGGCUGGCUCCAUAAAAGGGGAGAGUACAUUAAGACGUGGAGGCCGCGGUACUUCAUCCUGAAGAGUGAUGGCUCCUUCAUCGGCUACAAGGAGAAACCAGAAAUGUCGUCCGACCACAGUCUCCCACCCCUCAACAACUUCUCUGUGGCAGAAUGCCAGCUGAUGAAGACAGAAAGGCCCAGGCCCAACACGUUUGUCAUCCGCUGCCUACAGUGGACCACAGUCAUAGAGCGCACCUUCCACGUGGAGAGUAAAGAAGAAAGGGAGGAAUGGAUGAGGGCGAUCCAAGCGGUGGCCAACGGCCUGAAGAUGCGAGAGGAAGAGGCGCCCAUGGACGUCACGUUUGGCUCCCCCAGCGACUGCAGCAGCAUGGAGGAGAUGGAGGUGGCCAUGUCCAAGUCCCGCAACAAAGUGACCAUGAGUGACUUUGACUACCUGAAGCUGCUAGGGAAGGGAACGUUUGGUAAGGUGAUCCUGGUGAAGGAGAAGGCCACAGGAAUGUACUACGCCAUGAAGAUCCUGAGGAAAGAAGUCAUCAUCGCUAAGGAUGAGGUAGCACACACGGUAACAGAAAGCAGAGUCCUUCAGAAUACAAGGCAUCCCUUCUUAACGACACUGAAAUACGCGUUCCAAACACAUGACCGGCUAUGCUUUGUGAUGGAAUAUGCAAACGGAGGAGAGCUGUUCUUUCACUUGUCGCGAGACCGUGUUUUCACAGAAGACCGGGCACGGUUCUACGGUGCGGAGAUUGUGUCUGCGCUGGAGUAUCUCCACUCACAAGACGUUGUCUACAGAGACCUUAAGCUGGAGAAUUUAAUGCUGGAUAAAGAUGGACACAUAAAGAUCACCGAUUUUGGACUGUGUAAAGAGGGAAUCACAGAUGGGGCUACCAUGAAGACCUUUUGUGGGACUCCAGAAUACCUUGCACCUGAGGUAUUAGAGGACAAUGACUACGGCCGAGCGGUGGACUGGUGGGGUCUGGGUGUGGUCAUGUAUGAGAUGAUGUGCGGUCGACUGCCCUUUUACAACCAGGACCACGAGCGGUUGUUUGAGCUCAUUCUCAUGGAGGAGAUCCGCUUCCCCAAGAACCUGGCCCCCGAAGCCAAGGCCCUGCUUGCUGGCCUGCUCAAAAAGGACCCCAAGCAGAGGCUUGGAGGUGGACAAGAAGAUGCCAAAGACGUGAUGACUCAUAUGUUCUUCACCACCAUCAACUGGCAGGAUGUGGUAGAGAGGAAGCUCUUGCCUCCCUUCAAGCCCCAGGUGACGUCGGAGACAGACACGCGCUACUUUGACGAUGAGUUCACGGCACAGACCAUCACCGUAACGCCCCCGGACAAGUACCACAGCUUAGACGCAGAAGACCAGGACCAGCGCACACACUUCCCUCAGUUCUCUUACUCUGCCAGCAUACGGGACUGACCUCUCUCGCACACACUUCCCUCAGUUCUCUUACUCCGCCACCAGCAUACGGGACUGACCUCACACACUCACAUUGAGCAGGCAAGCUACCACAUGUUCAUACACUAGCACUGCUGGGGAAAUGGGUGCGCGCGUGCACACAAACUGACACACUCAAACAAACACUUGCACAAGACACACACACACACACACCAGGAAGUGGUGAAAACAUGGAUCCUAGAGCAUGACGUGAUGACUGACCUCAGCAGGCCUGUGUGGUUAGACUGGCGGCCCUGUCUCUCAUUCUGACGGGACCAGGUGGAACAGGACAGGGCUGCCCUUGGCCAUGCCUGCAGGACCCCACCUGUCUGCCCUCCACACUACUACUACACUGGGCACAUCAAAACAUCGACAACACUUUACCAUCCCUGGGUUAUGCCAGCAAAUACCACUCCACCACCAGCCAAACGCAUGCGGCACCUAUCCAACACACACAAACACUCUGACAAGCAACACAUCAAUCCUUCCAUACACCGCAGAUGAUUUUUAGUUUUUUUUACUAACUGGAUAAUAAAAUAAUAAUAAUCCAAACACAUGAAAGAAGAAGAAAAAUAUUUCAACACGUUUUUAUUUAGAUUGUUACGGUUUUAAAAGCCAUAUUUCUGCAAUUUACAAGUGCUCUUGCUGAAACUUGCUGUUACAAGUUGUGUGGACUGUUCCUACAGAGGGAAAGUGGGUUGGGAGUGGGAGAGGGGUAAGAAGAAGUGUGUACCUUGAAGAGUAGCCAUUUCCCUGCUUGCACUGUGUAUAGGAAUGGGUUUGAGUGUGUUGAAGAGAAUGUAUGAACAACCAUUUGAAUUUCAACAUCAGUUUUAUGUUUAUGCAUCUGCAUGGAUAUCUUUGGAUUCUGCAUGUCGGCUAAACAGGGAGAAGAAAGGACAGCACAGUCGAUGAGACUUUUAAAAGGGAAAAGAGAGGUGGUGGAGUUGUAACUUCAGCAGCCCUGUGGAUUGACUUGUUCCCCUGGUGGUUAGAAUGGUCGUGAGAAAAUAAAGAAUAGAAGAGUGACCACAGCGCCAGCCUGACCAAUCCCCUGUCCGGAGCCCAGUCCAGAUCCCCACAGCCAUUCACAUUUUUCCAGUAGCUGUCACUCCCUCUGAGCAGAAAUAUCCUGGAGAAUAGCUGUCAAUCAUUUUUUCGAAUCAUCUGUUCACUUUUUAUUUUGAUUUUAAAGAUCUGUUGUUUUUUUAAAUAAUUGGAACGUUUCCAUAUUUAAGGAUGAAAACGUUAUAAUCAUGGAUCAAUUAUUAUUUGUGAUGAGGCCAAGCUGGACUCAUCACGAGGUUGAUAUUGAAGGUUGUGGUUUGUAUUUUUAAAGUAAUAUAAGACACAGACUAAGUCAUUUGUCAGUAUGCCGGAGUAGGAACAUGUAAACAAGCUUUGGGGUCAAUUUAGGAAGUCAACGGCGUUAGUCAUGGACUGAAAUGGAAUUGACUCCAAUUCUGGUGUGAUGCUGUAUAUAAUGACGAGAUGGUCUUGUCUCUGCUCAAACAAAGGGAGUCGUCCCAAAGGCGGGAGGGUAGUCAAUCUGCUUAUCGCUGUAUUCUCUCGUAGACAGAUUUUGACGGGAGCGGAACCCUCACAUGAUGCACCAGUCUUGAAUGCGUGCCUACUCCCCGUAAGGCAUAUAGAGAAGUGGUCACAGGUGAAACAACCAUUGUGGGCUACAGCUAAGUGCUGUGACAUUUCAUUUUUGCCUUUAAAAAAAAGAUUCCUUCACUCAUGGAACAUUUCAUUUAUCUUUGUUCUUGAUAUAAGUUGUUCCCUUUUGGUCCACCUAUUCCAAAACUUUGGAAGACAUUGUCUCAAUUAUAUAUUAUUUUAAAUGUGUGUGUUUGUGUAUAAAACAAGUUUAAACAUGUUGAUAUUUCUUUAGGUUGUUUAUUUCGAUCAUUCAUGUGUUCCUUUGUGUGUGUACAAUGUGGGGCAUUGUAGAACAGCUCUCGAGUCUGCUCUGUACCUGUAUCCUCCGUACCUCAGUGGGUUAGUAUAGUCUGACUGCUGUACUCCACGGCUGAGGCUAUGGGAAACAUCCCUCCACCAUCCUUUUUUGACUAAGGCCCAUAUUCAGCCCUGGUAAAUGCAGCUUCAGAAACGGCAGGACCGGAUUUCAGGAACAACCUCCCUCUGAUGGACCUCUCAUGUCGUCUUCAAUGUUAGGAUGGCCACGAGGGGGUGUUGUGGACCUUUUGUAAUGUUGACACUGGCAGUAAAGCCACACGUCUCUGAACCUUGUUGCUCUCUGUCUCAAUAAAUUGAACAUGCUUUGUCUAGUAGUGUGUACACCUAACAUGCAAGCCAACACCCCUGACCUCUCUUGAAGGCUUUACACACAGACAAUCGAUAUGGAACUCUUCACUGGCAAUGUAAAUACCAAAAAGGUUUGAUGAAUGCAUCAUUUAUAGGCUAGAAGAGGGGAAAUCCACAGCUUUGUAGAUAGAAUGUGAGUUGUAGCUUUACAAUGAUUACCUUGCUUCUCUGUAUUUUGAAUGUGAUCAAUAGUCACGAAUGUCAUAUCGCAAUGCUGGUGUACCAAUAAUUCUUAGCUUGUUUUUGAGUUGAGGUUUACCUGGGGAGGAGCUAUGUUUUUAGGGAGAAGACGAUGUCCUGGUAGACAGCUUCAGCUCCCUUGUUACAAGAUUUUACAUUGUGACAAUUAUGUGCCAGUAAAGACUUUUACUGAAUUAA